AUGACUCACGAAACAUCGGGAACAAUUUUUGGCUACGAAAAUCUGAAAGGACAUCACGUGAUCAAAUAUGGUUCUCCAUUUAAGGAAGCAGUCCUGAACGAUAUUCUAAGGGCAUACGCCCCGACAAACAGAGUGAAACACAAAACAUGCCUUGUCAUCACGGAGUUCAUACGCACAGUAUUCAAACAGAUUUGCGCGCCGGAUCCAUCCGACAUAUGGAAUUAUGCGUAUCGCACCUCCAACAUUUCACGCAAGCAAGAUUUGAUCGACCUGCCGGAAUCCCUCACUAUAACACUUACAGACUUUGCGCUGGAUGCACUGGAUUUAGGGCACUAUGAUCUGCAAGGAUACAGACUCGAUGCUUUGAGAAAUUCUCGCGAUAGCUUUUGGUUAUCGUUAGGCGAAAGUGACGAGGAGCGGGACAAAAAAUUCAACAUCCUUCUUGAGAAGAAGUCCUACUGGAGUAGUCAAAUUGGAAUCUGCAUCUCGGAAGCGCUGUAA